AUGAAGAAAAAUCAACAAGCUUCGAAUAAGAACAAGCCGUCGACGUCAUUUUCCAGUUCUUAUUCAACUGAUCCCUAUAUCAAUUCAGCUAGACUUGUCUCCUGUCAAAUCGAAGAAAACAAAAACGAGUGUUGUUCAAUUAUAUCUCAAUACGGUGUUGAUUCCAACGAGUUAUUGCAUUUACUGGAACAAUGGACUCAGUUAAUUAUUUACGAAUACAAAGGCCGGCGAGAAUAUUUCAAACUUCUAUUGAAAGACAAAUGGGAACGAGGAGAACUGAAUAGUGUGAGAUCUGGUGAUCAGUCCGAUCUUCGUCUCGUUCACGUUCACAUACAGAAAUUAAACGAAUGGCAACAGGUCACUCUGCCAGACAUGAAACGACAAUUGGAUGAGUUGCAACCGACAAGUAAUGUCAAAGAAUUAACCAGUCGACUCAUCGACAAUUUAUUUCAAAUAUCCUCGUCAAUUACAGCGAUUCAUCAAGCUGCGGCGAAGGUAGGUCACGGUGAUCAAUUACAAACAAGUGGUUCGUUGAAUGAAAUGCUGGAGCAAUUGAAACGUCUCAAGGCAAUCAGUGAAAAGGAACACAACACAAUAUGUAUUAUCGGCCUGGAAAAAGCGGGCAAAUCUUCGUUUAUAAAUGCUCUUUUGGGAUUUGAACUAUUACCAUUCAGAAUCGAGCGGUGUACGCAAAUUCAGACCAUUCUAAAACCGCCAUCAAAAGAAAAUCCGGAUCUUUUCGCUACGAUUGAAUUUUAUGAUCAAAACGAGUUUUCCUCGUUGAUUGAUAAUCUACCGAAGGAAAAAGAAGAAACCGAUAAUGCUUAUCAAAAGCGGGCUACACUCAUUUACCAAACUCGUCAGGAACAUGUUUCAAAGGAUGCACUAAUCAAACAUUAUCAAGCAUCGAAUGAUGCUCAAGCUCAAGCGAUCAUCAAAGAGUUGCACAAAUACAUCGCAAAUGAAGUUUUCCUCAACAUUGUCAAACAUGUGAUUAUUUACACGGCGAAAUUACCAGGAAAGGAUUACAUUCUUCUCGAUGUCCCAGGUUGUGAUUCUCCUGUUGCGGAACAUCGCGCAUCAGCAAUUCGAGCUGUACAAAAUUCGGACGCAUUCCUGUUCCUAACCGAUGGUCAACGGCCAAGUUUAACCAACGAUCAGGUUCAUUUGCUACAUGAAAUUCAUGAGGGACAUUUCGAUGGUAUGAAACGUGCGUUUGGUAUCAUAACAAAACUUGAUCUGUGUCAAACACGUUCGAAAUACCUCGAACAUCGCGCAAAGACACAAAUAGAACUCGAACAGAAGAGUUUUCCUCGCGAACAUAUCUUUACUGUCGCAGCCAAUGUCAGUCUACUCGAACAAACCCAGGCUGAUCGAAACCAGUUACGACAAAUCAAAGAACGUGUUCAACAAUACGAUUCGUUAUUAGGCGGUUUCGAUCAAUGUAAACAAACACUCCAUAGUUACAUUGAACACGACUUACCGCAUUCACGUCUUCGGCAAGUUGUCAAUAUGGCUCAACAGAAAAUCGCACGAUUUGUACAAGACACAAUUAAAGUUGGCCAACAAUUGAUCCCAAGUGAAACUGAAGAAUCACUCGAAGAGUAUAUCAAACGACUUAAUACGGAACAGUGGAAUGACAUAUUUGAUAAGGAACGCUAUCUCUGCGUUCUUUCUCGAGCAGCUUUUUGGCAAAAGGAUACAUUGGCAACAAAGAGAUAUGAUUGCACAAGAGAAUUAAUUCGAUAUUUUCAAGAAGAAUUCCGGAUGGAUAGUGAUGAAAUUAUGAAAAAAGUUCACUCGGUCGAACAGAAGAUGUUAGAGAAACAUGACAUAGCUGUAUUUCAAAUGAAUCCAUACGAGAUUGAAACACAAGAACGCGAAAUGAUAGUGGAAUCUAUGCUUGCAGCUGUGAAGUUGACGUCGAGUAAACUCACGAAGUACAUGUACGAGAAAUACGUGCAAGAAUUAGAAAAAAUUCUUAAUGAUAUCUGUCCCGAGCAAGGCGAUCUUUUUCACACUACUUUAACCCUUGAACAGUGUGAAAUCCAAGUGAAAACACUGGUACUACGUGUGAGCCAUCCGGUGAUCAUUGCAUCCAUUCGUUGGCCAUAUGUAUUCAAAGAUAACCGCAUCGCAGCGGCCGAAGAGUUAGCACGCAUUGCACCGACAGUGGCCUAUAAUGUCUAUGAAAAUAGUCAACAGGAUCCGAAUAACUCCAUGAACAAUUUAGGAAAAACUAUUGCAGGUAUUUUCGAAUCAGCGAUGGUCACCAAUGUGCAAAAUGGAAUCUUAAAUGCACUUUUUCGACGUUAA